AUGGACAUGGCGAUAGACAAAAGCUUAUCUUUUGUAGAAGACUGGGACGCUGUGAGCACAACUAAAGUUCACAUAGCCGCUGCAGGAGGAGGAGGAGUGCUGGACGCACUGCGGGAGCAACCUUGGGCCAUUGACGAGCUCGACGAACAUGGAGAGGCCCCAAUCCACGUCGCAGUUGGCAGUAACAACUUUGAAGGACUCGAGCAACUGAUGGCGGCCAAGGCUGACGUCAACCGGCAAACUUCCUUGGGCUAUACCCCCCUCAUGACAGCAGCCUCCGACGAGAACGACACAAUGUUGCAGAGACUUUUAGGGCAUAGCGAGUGCCGGAAGGGCAUUAAUCAAGUCAAUAUCCAAGGUACAACUGCGCUACACUCUGCUGUCGAAUCAGGGUCCCUAGCCUGUGUCAGACUGCUACUCGAUGCUGGAGCGCUUGCAACAAAGACCGAUGAAUAUGGUAGAACUCCAAUGUCCUACCUUGAGUGGGGAAAUCAAGAUCAGCAAGAAGCUUACGAUACGAUAAAACUUCUACAAGAUUAUGGGGCAGACAUCGAAUCAAAAGAUAACCUUGGUAUGACGCCAAUCUUGUGGGCAUGCCAACAAGGCAAUUUUCCGGUCUUCGGGGCUCUUGUUAGGGCAGGGGCAUCACUCGGUGCCAUCGAUUCGAACCGAAAUGGAAUUAUACAUAUGGCAGCUUUUUCUAACGACUUUGAUGUUGUCAAUUACCUCGCAGAACAAGAUCUUGAGGAAAUCGACACACAGCUUCGAAAUCUCUCCCAAAAUGACAAUCCUUUGGGCAGCUUAAGACCUCUUCUAACUCAAGAGCAACAACAGACCUUCAUCAAAUUCUAUUUCAAAUUACUGAUACUUGACUUGGAGCGUCACAUGUUAACUCUUCGGAGUAUUCAAGAAGCAAUACAAGACAGAGACUCAGAGGCCACAACAGAACUCCUCGAUAUACUGAUCAAGAGUAAUGAGGCCAGUUUUCGGCAAGAACUUGUUGGCUGGUAUAGAGGACUGAAGUUUUAUGUUUUGGAUAGUCAGUGGGAUAAGUUGAGCGAGGCCAUAUAUGAGGAAUACGAAGAGAUUUCGGAAAAGACUGAAAGAGCGGCGAUUGCGAGAGGGAAAACAUUAACGGAUCCUGAGAUGGAGGAAUUUUUCUGA